GCGUCAGGGCCGACCUCAGCAGCCGGGGGUAGGUCCAGCCUUUACCCGGACGCGCUCCCGCUCCCCAGCUGUCUCUCUCCAACCUAGGGAGGACGGCCCAGCCUGUGCGAGACCCCGUGGGAAGCCGCCCGCGCCAAGCCAGCGAGCAUCGCGGAGUUCUUGGCUCAGGAGAGGAGCCUUCCCGCCUUCCCGGAGCUGAGGUCCCCGUCGGCGAAGGCGGAAGUGGUAAGACUGACGUGUCAGGGCUGCGGUGCUACUCGCCGGAACGACCACUGGCAUCGGUGGGUGGCUCAGGGAACGAGCUCCCUGGAAUCCGUAGCGGGACCGGAUCACGGGCGAACCAGAGCUCAUCGAGGAGCAUUAGAACGAGCCGAGUGCGGACGCCGGCGACGUGGCAGCAGCCGCGGCAAUCAGGCGCAGCAGCGGGCAACCCGGAGGAGGUUCUACUGCCUUAAGGAUGACAGUCCUAGGGUACCCUCGAAGUUGGAGCUGCCAUUGUUUGCCAGUCCUGAUACUGUUGCUGGGCAUGGGCCAUGGGCCAUGGGUGGAAGGUGUCACACACUACAAGCCCGGCGACCCUGUCAUUCUAUAUGUCAACAAAGUGGGACCCUACCAUAACCCUCAGGAAACUUACCACUACUAUCAGCUUCCAGUCUGCUGUCCUGAGAAGAUCCGCCACAAAAGUCUUAGUUUGGGUGAAGUACUGGAUGGGGACCGAAUGGCCGAAUCUUUGUACGAGAUCCGCUUUCGGGAGAAUGUGGAGAAGAGAAUUCUGUGCCACAUGCAGCUCAGUUCUGCACAGGUGGAGCAGCUGCGCCAGGCCAUUGAGGAAUUGUAUUACUUUGAGUUUGUGGUAGAUGACUUGCCAAUCCGUGGUUUUGUGGGCUACAUGGAAGAGAGUGGCUUCCUGCCACAUAGCCACAAGAUAGGCCUCUGGACACAUUUGGACUUCCACCUAGAAUUCCAUGGAGAUCGAAUUAUAUUUGCCAAUGUUUCAGUUCGGGAUGUCAAGCCCCACAGCUUGGAUGGGCUACGGUCUGAUGAAUUACUGGGCCUUACUCACACUUACAGUGUGCGCUGGUCUGAGACGUCAGUGGAGCAUCGGAGUGAUAGGCGCCGAGGUGAUGAUGGUGGGUUCUUCCCUCGAACCCUGGAGAUCCAUUGGUUGUCCAUCAUCAACUCCAUGGUGCUUGUGUUUUUACUGGUGGGUUUUGUGGCUGUUAUUCUAAUGCGUGUGCUUCGAAAUGACCUGGCUCGGUACAACCUAGAUGAAGAGACCAGCUCUGGAGGCUCUAGUGAUGACUUUGACCAGGGUGAUAAUGGCUGGAAAAUUAUCCAUACAGAUGUCUUCCGCUUCCCUCCAUACCGUGGUCUGCUCUGUGCUGUGCUUGGUGUGGGCGCCCAGUUCCUGGCCCUUGGCACUGGCAUUAUCGUCAUGGCGUUGCUGGGCAUGUUCAAUGUGCACCGGCAUGGAGCCAUUAACUCAGCAGCAAUCUUGUUGUAUGCCCUGACCUGCUGCAUCUCGGGCUAUGUGUCGAGCCACUUCUACCGGCAAAUUGGAGGCGAGCGUUGGGUGUGGAACAUCAUUCUCACCACCAGUCUCUUCUCUGUGCCUUUCUUCCUGACUUGGAGUGUGGUGAACUCAGUGCACUGGGCUAACGGUUCGACACAGGCUCUGCCGGCCACAACCAUCCUGCUGCUUCUGACAGUCUGGCUGCUGGUAGGCUUUCCUCUCACUGUCAUUGGAGGGAUCUUCGGGAAGAACAACGCUAGUCCCUUUGAUGCACCUUGUCGUACGAAGAAUAUCGCCCGCGAGAUCCCACUCCAACCCUGGUACAAGUCUACUGUCAUCCAUAUGACUGUUGGUGGCUUCCUGCCUUUCAGCGCCAUCUCCGUGGAGCUCUACUACAUCUUUGCCACAGUCUGGGGUCGCGAGCAGUACACGCUGUACGGCAUUCUCUUCUUCGUCUUCGCCAUCUUGCUGAGCGUGGGGGCCUGUAUCUCCAUUGCACUCACCUACUUCCAGCUGUCUGGGGAAGAUUACCGCUGGUGGUGGCGAUCCGUGCUGAGCGUGGGCUCCACUGGCCUCUUCAUCUUCCUCUACUCAGUUUUCUACUAUGCUCGGCGCUCCAACAUGUCAGGGGCAGUACAGACAGUAGAGUUCUUUGGCUACUCUUUACUGACUGGUUAUGUCUUCUUCCUCAUGCUGGGCACCAUCUCCUUUUUUUCUUCUUUAAAGUUCAUCCGUUAUAUCUAUGUUAACCUCAAGAUGGACUGAGACCCGAGUGACAGAACUAUGGCUCUCUCCUGCUUUCAUCAUGCUCCAUUGAUUUCACUUGAUAGUUUCUCUUCUGACCGAAUUGUGUGAUGGCAUUGUCGCCUUCCUUCCCUCUUUACCCCUUGGACCUCCCUUCUUUAGAGAGGACUUGGAAAUUAAAAAUCUCUAUUAUAUAAGGAAUAUAUAUUUGAACUUUUUAAGUUGCCUUAUGUUUUGGUCCUGAUUUUUUUCUUUUUACAAUUAUUAAAAUAAAAUUUAUUAAGAAAAAGGAUC